AUGAAAUACAAAGAAGAAACGGCAACAACAUUAAAGCCAUCUUCAACAACACAAGCUCCUGUAUUACCGUCGCGACGCCCAUUCCGUGUAGCGAGUCGCCGCCGCCUCAUCUCGUCCAGUACGUCGACCACUACUACAGCUAAAACGACAGCUGCGCUGCUAGAAAGUGAAGAAUACCUACAGGAUAUUGGUGACACUGAUGCCAUAGAAGAUCCAUCGCUCAAGUCGAAUACGUCACCAAGAACAACAACUAACGCGCCACGCAGACGUCCUCUAGUACAACUCAAGAACGACCAAGACCAAAGUCCGUCUGCAACUAAUGAGGAAGAAAAGAAACGACAAAGCAAGAAGUACAGUUCUAGUUUUAAACAAAACCAAUUAGAUGAGAUACUUAAAUUUAGAGCAAGUUCUGAAGAUAUUGAUGUAACUACUGAAGGCAAAACCACACUUGAAGAUAUAAGUGCUGAAACUGCUGUGGCUUUAGCCGCUCACCAACUCUUAGCAGCACCGAUACCAAUCAUACCAGAUUACGAUGAUGAAUACAAUCCGCCGAGGAAGACACCUCAAACGAUUGUAGACUACAAAUUCACUAGUCCAGAGUACACUGAAGACUUUACCAAGGGUCAAACCUACACGUCUGAUUAUUCACGAACACCAGCUUAUACAUCGAGACAAAGGAAUAUUGAAACAUCAACCGCUAGUUAUACUUACCUCCAAUCUGAUACGGAUACACCUUCCUCAACUCGAUCAUCUGAUACAAGAAAUCCACCUUACACAAGCAGAUUCUCAAGACCUAUCGAUUCAACGAACACAGUAAAUCCAACGAUAUCCGGUGUAACGCUCAGCAUAGGCUCAGAUGUUUCCGGAGAAUCCACUGCCCGAUACCUAAACUUCCAAAAUGAAAUUAAUCCUUCAACUUAUACCACAAGCAAUUACGAAUCAAGAGUAUCGAAACCUGCAUUAACGACUAACUUUAUAAAUCCCACAAUUGCUGGAGUGUCUUUAAAUUUACGUGAAUCGACCUUAAAAUACACUGCUACUAACCGCGAUGUGUCACCGACAUAUCCUGCACUCUCUACUAGUAAAGUGUCUAGACCUGCUGGAUUUUCUCCUAAUUUAGUUAACAUUGACGAAGCUGAAGAGAGCAAGUCGACAGUGAGGUAUCAGGGUUCGAGUGUGAGAGGUCCAUCUACUGCUAGAUACGAAGGAUCUAGCGAGAAGAUUCCGGUACCAGUUGUCUUCGGGUACUCUACUGGUGGCCAAGGCUUGCAAGAGCCUUCGUAUUUCACUAGAGAAUACCUUUUGGAGUCACCUGUGACUAAAGCUUACGAUGACGAAUACCAAUAUCUAUCCCCUGUGACGGAACCACAAACAACAACGACUAGAAAACCACUAAGAAGGAAAACGGUAUUCAGAAGAAUUUCUACUACCCAAUCUCCUACUUCGGUCCUCCCAGUAACGACUGAAAGACCACGGCGGACUAGGAAACCAUUUGAGAAAAUACUGGUUCGAAAGAACACAGUAGUCAAAGAUUCCGUGCAAAAAGAAAAUGUCCGCAAAGAUAAUGUGCAAAAGAAAUUCGUACAAAAAAUACCUGUGGAAGAAGUAAAGAAAACAAACAGGCCUAUUAAACCAAUUAUAGACUACGAUUACUACGACGCUAGUCAAGAGGAAGUAGUCCAUAAAUAUGAAGAUGGACCAAAAGUUAUUCUUCACGCAAAGGGUAAAAUCGAGUGUCUAGAUAUAGGUAACUUCCCACACCCGACAUCAUGUAAGAAGUUCAUAUCGUGUGCUCGGCUGGAAAGCGGUGGUCUGAUUGGUUGGGAAUACAUUUGUCCAAAGGGCCUGUCAUUUGACCCUGUUGGUGGAAUAUGCAAUUGGUCGGCAGGUUUAGGGUGCUUUGAAAAGGAUACAUAA